CCACGAUCAACCAAACACUGGAGCUGCGAUGGCCAAGAUCGCGCCGACAGUAAAUUCAGCUGCGAUGCCCAAGAUCGCGCAAACGGUAGAUCCAGCGGUUGUGGGGAAACGUUCCGCGUCGACGUCACAUCUAUACGUGGUAUCGCCGCGUACUGAACGACCAAGGACGACAGGGAAAUCGAGUUGCGUGGGCUGCUCCGUCAUCACAUCACGGCGGCCAACCAUCGAGAUGCCUCCAGAAAUGAACCCGCACCCGGCGUUAGCAAAAGCUACGACUUGGUUGGGCUACUUAUAUCUGGUCUGUACGAUCAUGAGCAGUUGGGUAUCGCUGGGCUUCAUGGCGCCAUUCACAGAAAACGAUCUGUGGUGGCCGCACUUUAACAGUACUGGGCUCCACACCUUCCUGGGAGAACUGUACUUGAUCAAAUUGACCACUGAUGACCAUGGUCAGUUUUCCCUCUUUGACGACAACGCGGCCCUGUCGAGAGACUACUCCGCCCCCACGACCAAGCUACUGCUAAGCCAGUCGUCUUGCCGCCGCAUUUUGCUCCAAAACCUGUCCCUCGACAUUGCCAUCUCGACACUUCGGCGAAGCUCCUUCAGCGACAACAUCGUCGUUGUGCCUCUACCAUGCUGGCUCGACUUUGGACGACGGUUUGACAUGGCCCACACAAGUGGCCGUCAAGAGCGAUGCCACCGACGCAUGAAAUGGAACGGUGGGGUGUACUUGGAGUCACUGCUUCGCAACACCAGGACCAGCGACUGGAUGAGCUCAGCUUACUUCAAUGCCCUACAAAUGACCGUGUUCGAGUCCGUGCACCAGCUCAACGAGUCGUGGGCAAUUUCGUGGUUCACAUCGCUUCAAUUGCCGUGGCUGGAUGCACCAGACGAAGCAACGUUGUGGCAGAAGCAUGGGAUAUCCAGGUGGCAGCAACACCUUCAGAAUCGGUUUCUUGAAGGCACGUUGGAAACGAUUUCGAUUGUGAAUGGACUAGGCAUUGCCCAAGUAUUCACAGUGAGUGAGAUUCCGGCGACACCCCGCGCACUCGGUUCGUGGUCGACCCAGUUUGCCUCGUGCGGCCUCGAGAAUGACCUGAACACGUGCAUGCUGACCAACACGACCUUGAUUCGUGGCCUGUCCAACUCGUUUGAAGCCAUGGGUUACGACUGGGACGUUUACUACAAUGGGCCCAACAUGACGGUGGGAAGCCAACUGAUUCGGUCGUAUCUAGGACCACUUGUCGCGAUCGACAUCACGCUCGUGCCGAUUCCACAAAUGCUACUUGGCAUCGUGCGCGGGUUUCGUGAAACGGUGUGGUCAUCGGCCCAAUUCAACUUGAUACGGCAUGCCUCCACCACCCUGGACCCAGCCCCGCCGUCGUGGCUGGUAAACGGAACUACCUUCUAUGGCGGAAACCCAAUGUGCCCAUUUGACAAGCCCAAGCCAUUCGUUCAAGCGCCGUUCGGGUACUACGAUGAGUGCGACCUCCAGGGGCCCCACGUGAUGCCAGUAACUCCCCAAAGCUCCCUCUUUGCCUUGCUGGCACUUGACAAAUAUCGCGCGCUGUCGCUGGUACAGACAACGUGCUCGUCCUGCAUUUCAGCGUCUGUGGCAUGUGUGCAAUACUUGCACAGCAUUCUUGCCGCCUCAAACUCCGUCGACGCACCACUUGACUUAGCUGCGUCGUUUGAUCAAGCAGCAACGCAACUCGUGGGGAUUAAGUUCAUCCAGUUUGCCAGAACAAGGGACCGUGAUGCUGUUCUAACACAAACCAUGGUGCAAAACCCGCCAGACUUGACGUGGACGUUCUUCGGGUGGGUUGCCAUGUACGACUGGGUGAAUGGACUGCGCGAGGUGUACACAUUUGCCGGGGAUAACGGGUUGGUGACACUCAUGUCUCGGCCUCACGGCUACCUCGAGAUGGCUGCCAACCCACUGGAGUUGCAAGCGCAAGCGUCCAAGUACGUCUGGUAUGGUACAGUUUACGUGAGUGCCGUGCUUGGGUGCGUUGGCCUUGUGCUCGUUUUGUACGGUGCCAAGACGUGCUUUCAAGUCGAAGGACUCAACCUCUUUCAAGUGAAUCGAAUCAUUGGUGGCGUGUGGAUAGGCCGCCCCCUCCUCAUGACCCGAGGGUUCACUGCUUUGACGAUUCUCAACACGUGCUCGAUGGCGUUUGUUGUGGAUCGAGGAGUGUCCCGCCUCGUCUUGCGUCACCGUCCAUGGUGGCAGAACUUUUUCUUGGCCAGUGAAGCCUGUUGGAUCACGUACGCGCUCAACGAUGGCCUCCUGCCGCUGACCCAGCGGUAUUCCCAUCUGUAUGCGCCUGUCAGCGUCGCAGUCUCUUGGACGAUCGUGUUUGUCCUGUCGAUGCUGGACCCGUACGACGCGCAAGCCAUGAUCCACCGGAACUGCACGAUCGUAUCGUUCAAGCACGGUGUCGAGUGCUCGAAUGGUGCAAUUCACGUCGGUAGCUUGGCCACGUCGUCGCUGAUGUUUUGGCUGGCGGUGGCCAGUGUCGUCGGUUCGUAUACCGUCGUGCGAUGCUUCAUCGCCGUGUUUCCAUCGUCCGCGCCUCGCAAUCACGAUAAACACGAGCUCAUGCUGUUGCAUGCGUCAUCCGAUGCAUACUUUGCCCAACACAACCGUCAACUCGACGCGGUGGCGUGUGCGAUGUCUGGGAUUUUGCCAAUUCGAAAGGUGCUGUUUGACAUCACGUCGUGGUCGGUCCACCAAGAGACAGCGUUUGUCCAAGUCCAGUCGUCGUUCCAGCAAGUGCACUUGUCCAUGGCGAAUCUCGUUGCACAAACGGCGCGCCUGCCCACGAUUCGCACCCGGGGGGGGCUCGGCCUCCUCAUCAUGAUCCUCUCCGUAGCGUCCAGCUUCAUAUUCCUCAAGUUGUCCGACACGUCCAUGCACAACGACAACUUGUGGGGCCACUUUACCCCCGCUACCCACGCAUACAUGUGCAACUGGUUCAAUUUCUACCUCCAGCUCUCGCGCCACCUUGACGACGUUGUGAUUGACGCCGGGACGCACGGACUCGUCAUCGGGGCCAUCCCAAACACGACUGUCCUGUCGUCGCAGCUCUACGCGGCAUCCAUUCAAGACGAAGUCAACUCACUUGUCAACGUGAUUCAAGGGCUGCGUCGCAUGGAUGGGUGUCUCGUGCCGUGGAUCGCGACUGCGUAUUGCUUUGUCGAUUUCAACCGGACAUGGGAGAUGGCCAACACACCAACACGGCAACAACGGUGCAACCAACGACAUCGCGGCAAUGGCGCAGUCUACUUGGAAGCAGUGCUGCGCAAUGCCGAGUGGUCGCGUUUGUCGGUAUGCUGGGGCGAUGCUCUCGACGUUGGCAUCUUCUCAACCAUCAACACCUCCACCACGGGACUUGCGUGGAUUGCAGCCGUCCAAGCGAAUGCUUUGCCCGCCGAGGACGAAGCGCUGUUCUGGACAGCUCAACAUAUCUCGACGUUUACGACGCAAUGGCAAAACUACAAACGCCUUGGAGUCGUGGAGUCCAUCUUGACCAACAACGCUCUCGGCCGCAUCCAUCAGUGGACCCUGAAGCGAUCGACAAGCUCGUUGCAACUUGCAGUCCAAUCGUCGUUCAAGCUCCAUUGGAUGUUGGCGAAUGACUUGAUCGCCGUGGUUACCCCCAACACAACGUCUCCAAUGGCGGGGCGAUCCCUCGUCCGCACAAGUCCAUCUUUUGCGUUUUCAAACAACACGCCCGACGCGGUUCUCAUCCACCAUGGCAUCCUGGACGACAGCCUGCGGUGGGAUCAAGCAUUCAUGUUAUUCCAAACCACGAUCGGCCCGUUCGGGUCGGUGGACACGAAGCGUGUUAGUCCGCCUCGGGCAUUACGCCAAGUGUACCGCAACAUUUCCGAGUCUGUCAUGCUAGUGUUGCGGUCCCAAGUGAUGGAGCACGACGACGAGAUGAAUGCGAUCUACACGUUGUCGCCUCAGCCGACAGCGUGGGACGGUGCGGCCUUGUGGGGAGGCGAUCUGCUUUGCGGACGCAAUGUUGGUUCGUACAACCAACCUCUGCAGUUUUUCAGCUACCAGGGGUCGUGCGGGAUCUACCUCGUAGACAAGCUGCAUGUGACGUCGCCCAUGGUGAUGCAUGCGUUGGUCGCGGCGGGGUUGCUCUUUUUGCCAACAAUGCCGCCUAUCUGGCAGCGAGACACGUACGACAGCUCGGUGUGCAAGUCGAUGGUGCUUCGCAACAUUGUCGUGUUGGAAAUGUACUUGUCGCGAUCGUUGCUUCACGUCCUUGUGGACAUGGCGCAGCGCGUCAAAACGGCAAUUCGCGACGACAUUCAAAUUCAGCUCGUGCAAUACAUUGCUCGUCCGAGUGCGUUGGAUCGAUUGGAGCUGUCGCAAGUAAACUUGUUUGACGGUGGCGAGACCGACUUGGAGUUCUUUUCGUGGUUGUACUUGUUUGAAUGGGUUGAAGGCACGCGGGAGGUUGUCGCGUUUGAAGGGGACGUUGGUGGGCUGGUCACGCUGUCCGCAGAGGCAUCUCUCGGCCAACACACUGUCAACUCGAUGGAAAUCCAUGUCAACGUUUCCACGUACGGCCGGGCGUUGCUCCAAUACUUCACGACGGUCCUGCUGGGCAUUGCAUGCGUCGUGACCGUCUACAUCUUGUCCAGUCAUGGGCUUGUGGAAGGAACCAACAUGAUUCAGUUCAACCGCAUCGCGGGCCUCGUUUGGCUGGGCCGUCCGAUGAUGAUUCUGCGCAGCGUCGCCGCCAUCUCGUUGCUCGCAACAACCAAUCUCGUGCUGUCCACGUCGCCCAAUGGCCUCGUGUCCCAAAUCAUGCAAGAGCCGCAGACAUGGUUGUCGACGGCCAUUUCGUCGGGCGAGAUCACGUGGCUUGUCUACGCCGUCAACGACACGUUUUCGAUUGUGACGCAGCAGUAUACGCCUACGUACUCGACCGCGAGCUGCGUCCUGUCUGUGCUUGGCACGCUCCUGUGGAGUUUCAUUUCCCCCAUCCAGGAAGUGGUGGUCGUGGAUCGGGUGUGCGUCGUAACGUCGGUUGACUUUGACGUGUUGUGCAUGAGCGGCUUGAUUGGGAUCGGGAGCCUGCACCGUGUGCUUGGUCUUGUUUUGCUCGCGUUUGGGUGCUGUGCCGUGUGCUUUGUCGUGCAGCGAAUCCGCCAGCCGCACUUGGCCAAACUGCACAAAACCGAGUCGUGCUUGCUCCAUUCGGCUGCGGACUUCGAGUUUGCCAAAGAUCUGUGGCAGCACCGCGGCGUGUACUUUAUGGACCCGGCGUCGGCCGCCCUCAAUGGCGUCCUCGUGUUUCCGUGGAUCAAAUCGACGUACAUUUUGGACAUCAAGACAUGGCGAACGUGCAAGCUCGACGAGGACAACAUGCUUCGGAACCACAACGUGCCCAAGCACCUCGCGCACUGCAUUCCGCUCGUCGAGUGACUGCCGCCGCACGAAUAGAGCAUGGAGAAACCGAUGAAUCAUUAAACAUGCAUUCGAUUCUAU